GCAUACAAACAAAACCCAUCAGACCCUUUCGCAACAAAAGAGACGGAGAUCAAGAGAGAUAGAUAUAAAACUCACAUAACCAACCGCUUCGCAAUUUUUAAACUACUUCUUCUCUCUUUCUCACUCUCUCUCUUUUUCUUGUCCCGCAUUUUUUAAUUUCUCUCUAAAAUCAAGAUUUUCAACUCCAUCGGAACCGGAAUCGGAAUUUUAUCGGUCUGGAUUCCCUUCCUCUCCGAUUACUCCUUCUCUUCCCGUUAAUUCACGGCAGUACUGAAAUUUCCCUCCUCUAUCUAAAUUCAAUUUCAUUUCCUUUUAUAGAAACAAAAUCAUGCAUAUUAUUUUCUCCGAUCUGUUAUUUCUUCCUUAAUUUUUGAUUUGUGAAUAAAAUUUACUCUAUGCAUCAUCUCUGUUGUAUUUCAACCGUAUCAGAUCAUUCAAUGGCAAUCUCGUAUAGAUCCGACCCGCAUACCCGAUCUCUUAACGAGAACCACACUUCUCAUUUCAACGCCAACGACUGCAUUAACCACAAUAACACCAACGGCAACAACAAUCACGGUGUCCUUCUCUUGACGAACAACAAUAACAGCCGCAGUCAGCGACACUUAACGCUGUCGCUUUCGUCACUAACUGCAAAUGCGGUAUCGCUUCCUCGUGAGCAAGUCGACGUUAUAAUUAACGAUAUAGUAGGUAACGGAAUCUCAGGAGUUCUGUAUAAAUGGGUGAAUUAUGGUAAAGGAUGGAGACCUAGAUGGUUCGUCUUGCAGGACGGCGUUCUGUCCUAUUAUAAAAUUCACGGCCCCGAUAAAAUCACCGUUAAUCGCGAAACGGAAAAAGGAUCCAAAGUCAUUGGUGAAGAAUCUAUGCGACGAAUCUCCAAACCUAAGAUUUCCAAUAAUCAACCUAAACGCAAUCCGGUCGGUGAAAUCCAUCUUAAGGUAUCGUCGAUCCGCGAGAGCAGAUCAGAUGAUAAGAGAUUUUCGAUAUUUACGGGAACGAAACGGCUUCAUUUGCGAGCAGACACGCGUGAGGAUAGGAUAACAUGGAUGGAGGCAUUGCAGGCUGUAAAGGACAUGUUUCCACGCAUGUCAAACAGUGAAUUGAUGGCUCCUAUAGAAAAUAUUGCGGUUUCUACUGAGAAACUUAGGCAGCGUCUUCACGACGAAGGGGUUAGUGAAGCGGCUAUUCAGGAUAGUGAGCAGAUAAUGAGGAAUGAGUUUUCUUCUAUGCAGAAUCAGAUUUUGCUGCUUAAACAGAAACAGUGGCUCCUCAUUGAUACAUUGCGGCAGUUAGAGACUGAAAAGGUUGACCUGGAAAAUACAGUUGUUGAUGAGAGUCAAAGACAGUUCAAUGAUAUAGGGGCUUCUUCAUUCUCGAGACAAGACAAGUCCAGUGAAGCAAGUGGAUCUGAAUCUUCUGAUGAUAAUGAAAGAGUUGAUGCUGCAGAGGAAGAAACGGAUGACGAAGAGAAUACGUUCUUUGAUACUCGUGACUUUCUAUCAUCAGGUUCCUUCAAAAGCAGUGGAUCUGAAUUUCGGACAUCGUCUUUCUCUUCUGAUGAUGAAGGGAUUUUCCCGGUUGAAUCAGAAGAUGAUAUUGAUCCUGCUAUUAGAUCUGUUGGGAAAAACUAUCCUCGUGUUAAGCGGCGUAAGAAGUUACCUGACCCAGUUGAGAAAGAGAAAGGUGUUAGCCUUUGGUCAAUGAUUAAGGAUAACAUUGGAAAGGAUCUCACUAAAGUUUGCCUUCCGGUUUACUUUAAUGAGCCUCUUUCUUCUCUGCAAAAGUGUUUUGAAGAUUUGGAAUACUCGUAUCUACUUGACCGAGCAUACGAAUGGGGGAAAAUGGGUAAUAGCCUGAUGAGGAUCCUUAAUGUGGCUGCUUUUGCUGUAUCUGGAUAUGCUUCAACUGAAGGAAGGAUUUGCAAGCCAUUUAAUCCGUUAUUAGGUGAAACAUACGAAGCUGACUACCCAGAUAAAGGCCUUCGGUUUUUCUCUGAGAAGGUCAGUCAUCACCCUAUGAUUGUUGCAUGUCAUUGUGAGGGUACGGGGUGGAAAUUUUGGGGAGAUAGCAAUCUGAAAAGCAAAUUUUGGGGUCGCUCUAUUCAGCUUGAUCCAGUCGGUGUAUUGACUUUGGAAUUUGAUGAUGGAGAAGUUUUUCAAUGGAGUAAGGUUACGACAUCAAUAUACAAUCUCAUAUUGGGAAAAUUGUACUGUGAUCACUAUGGUACAAUGAGGAUAGAGGGAAAUCGCGAAUAUUCAUGCAAACUGAAAUUUAAAGAGCAAUCCAUCAUAGACCGAAAUCCUCACCAGGUUCAGGGAAUUGUUCAAGAUAGGAGUGGUAAAAGAGUGGCGACUGUAUUUGGAAAAUGGGAUGAGAGCAUUCAUUACGUCAAUGGUGACAGUUCUGGGAAGGCAAAAGGAUUUGAAUCCUUACAAGAUUCCCAAUUGAUAUGGAAACGAAGCAGGCCUCCACAAUUUCCAACCAGAUAUGACUUGACUCGCUUUGCUAUAACAUUGAAUGAGCUCUCCCCAGGACUCAAGGACAAAUUGCCUCCUACAGAUUCAAGGCUUAGACCUGAUCAAAGAUAUUUGGAAAAUGGUGAAUUUGAGAUGGCAAAUUCUGAGAAAUUGCGGCUUGAGCAGCGUCAACGCCAGGCCCGGAAGAUGCAAGAAAGGGGAUGGAAACCGCGGUGGUUUGCAAAGGAUAAAGGAAGCGACGCCUAUCGAUAUGUUGGUGGAUACUGGGAAGCCAGAGAAGAAGGAAAAUGGGAUUUGUGUCCUGAUAUAUUUGGUCAGGUGCCUGCGGAUCAGGUUGAUUAAACUUCAAUUUUCCAAAUUCAUUCUUUCUUUUUUUUCAAAUUAUUUUUGGGGAUAGGUAGUGGACAGCUGCUGCUGUGUGCAGUUUGAGAGAGGUGCCCUCUAUGAAAUCCAUGUAAGUAAUUAAAGAUAUGUCAAUAAAAGAUUUUAAUUCUUUUUUGUUUCCA